UCUGCAGCUCGGUCGAUCUGAUCGCCAGGCUGACGUCCAUCAGCGGUAAAGGUCGAUAUCGACCCAGCCGGCGGUUCACUUGAUGCAGCUCUGAAAAGAGGCGGUGACAUGACAGACGAGUCUGAUGUCACACCAGGCAUGUCACGCUCGCGCGCCAGACAGAGAGAGAGAGACUUCUCUCCUGGAACUGUCCUUCACCAGCGUCGGCAGCCCGUUCCUGCCUCUCAUGAGCGACGCCGGCGACUAUGACGGCGGCGGCGGGGACGACGACCACUUCGACGACGGCGAGGAGCAGGCCUAUAACCCAGACGAUCUGCAUGAGGAUGGCGAGGGACUCGUAGCAGAGGGCGAUGAGGCGACCGGUGUGGUGCCGUCUGGCCAAGUGCCGGACGGAAAAUCGAUGCCACAGACAGCAAACUCGGAACGGAUCACUACGCCUUACAUGACAAAGUAUGAGAAGGCACGAGUGCUCGGCACGCGGGCUCUCCAGAUCAGCAUGAACGCCCCCGUUCUCGUGACUCUGGAGAACGAGACUGACCCGCUCGAGAUUGCGAUGAAGGAGCUAGCGCAAGGCAAGAUACCGCUCAUCGUCAGGCGGUUCCUUCCAGAUGGCAGCUACGAAGAUUGGACAGUCCAAGAGCUACUCAGAGACUGAUCUGUUCCCCAGAGAUCGGUGCUGCUCCAAGCGAGCCAGAGGUCUGUGGAAAUGGCUGCCCGCAUGAGACACGGCUGCUCAGCUUGUUGUACGUUUGCAAACCAGCAAAAGGGCAUGUCAACAUUGCAGUGCUCAGACACGA